AUGCUCUUCGCCCUCCUUUUAGAGGUGAUUUGGAUCCUGGCUGCAGACGGGGGUCAACACUGGACCUAUGAGGGCCCACACGGUCAGGAACACUGGGCAGCCUCUUACCCUGAGUGCGGGAGCGAUGCCCAGUCGCCCAUCGACAUCCAGACAGACAGUGUGACGGUUGCCCCCGAGUUGCCCAUUCCGCAGCCCCAUGGCUAUGAACAGCCUGGCACUGAGCCUUUGGACCUGCGCAAUAAUGGUCACACAGUGCAACUCUCUCUGCCCCCGACCCUGUAUCUGAGUGGACUCCCUCAGAAAUACGUGGCUGCCCAGCUCCACCUGCACUGGGGUCGCCAAGGGUCACCUGGAGGCUCAGAGCACCAGAUCAACAGCGAGGCUGCCGCUGCCGAGCUGCACGUCGUGCACUAUGAUGCAGAUUCCUACGAGAGCUUGAGUGAAGCAGCUCAGAGGCCUCAGGGCCUGGCUGUGCUGGGCAUCCUGAUUGAGGCAGGUGAUGCAGAGAACCCCGCCUAUGAGCACAUUCUGCAGCAUUUGCAUGAAAUAAGACAUAAAGAUGAGAAGACCUCAGUGCCCCCCUUCAAUGUGGGAGGGCUGCUCCCGGCGCAGCUGGAGCACUUCUUCCGGUACAAUGGCUCACUCACAACGCCCCCUUGCUACCAGAGUGUGCUCUGGACAGUCUUCAGCAGCAGGGUACAGAUCUCAGUGGAGCAGCUGGAGAGGCUGCAGACAACACUGUUCUCUACAGAGCAGGAGGAGCCCUCGGAGCUCCUGGUUGAGAACUUCCGCAUCCCCCAACCCCUCCAUCAGCGAGGGGUCUUGGCAUCUUUUAACCCAGCCGGAUCCCUGUACAGCACAGGAGAAAUGCUGAGUAUAGCAGUGGGAAUCCUAGUCGGCUGCCUCUGCCUUCUGCUGGCUCUUUAUUUCAUUGCUAGAAAAAUCAGGAAGAAGAGGCUGGGAAACAGGAAAAGUGUGGUCUUCACCUCGGCACGAACCACUGCUGAGGCAUAAACCCAUGGGCACCUGCCACUCUCGCCAAUCAGGGAGCCUCAAAAGUGGGGCUGUAGGGACGGGCCAGAAAAGGCUGUAAAGUAGUAGGUAGACCCCCUCCUUCUUCCAGACACUGCCUGACAGACUGGGGUGAACCCAGGCUCUCCCCAAGACAGGGGAGCCUUAGGUCUCUCACAGCAAGGAGGAGCCCAAGAGGUUCUCACGGUGCUAAUGAGACUGGUUAGUUGUAGGGAGAGUUGGGGACGUGU